AUGUGGUAUAAUCCUAUUACAAUCAUAGUAGCGGUGCUACUUUUCACCGUUGGCGGCUUUGCUGACCCUUGUCCCGGUGUCCCGCCUCCUCGACAUCCGUUCAAGUUGGCCGAAGGUUGGAUAGGCAAAAAAGUGGCAGAUGGACUAUCUUCGCCUCGUGGUAUGGUUAUUGAUAGUAGGGAUCGACUUCUAAUCGUGGAAAAACGGGUCGGGAUCAGUCAACACAAGCUCGAUAUUGAUGGUUGCAUUUAUUCCUCGCGUAUUCUUAUUUCCAUGCCCGACCUGAACCACGGAAUUUAUCUUGGAAUCAAUGGUGAUACACUAUAUGCCAGUUCAGCCACAACGGUUUUCAGAUGGUCAUAUAACUUCACAACCGGCGAUAUAGAUGGAGAGCCAACUACAGUGAUUUCAGGCAUGUCGCCCAACGACCACGUUACAAGAACAUUGAUUAUCCCACCUCACUACCCAGACCUUCUAGUCGUUUCUCACGGCUCCACAGGCAACGUUGACUAUGCUGCUGUCGAUCCGGGAAUAGCAAGGGCCACUGUCAAAGUCUUUAAUAUCUCCGCCCCACCAAACGGUGGUUACGACUAUGUUAAAGAGGGUUGGCGCGCUGGAUAUGGCUUGCGAAACGAAGUUGGAUUAGUAUUCGACGGCAACAAUAUGCUCUGGGGCGUAGAGAAUAGCGCCGACCAAAUCACACGCGACAUCAACGGAACAUCGACAGAUAUUCACAACGACAAUCCAGCCGAGGAACUCAACUUCCUGGGAGAUGUCAUGACUCCCAAUGAUAACUGGUAUGGGUAUCCGACAUGUUUUACGGUGUGGCAACCUGAGGCAGCAAUCACCAAUGCUACUAGCGGAAACCAACUAGACGUUGGUCAGCAAUUCGUUCUGGCGCCGAACCAGACGUUCGACGACAACACAUGUGCGCGAAUGUCAACACCACCGCGACUUACCUUCCAAGCUCAUACCGCACCUCUCGACGCUAAAUUUGACGCACCUAAGUACACCAACCUGUUCGUUACGUUGCAUGGCAGUUGGGAUCGCAGUCCUCCGGCUGGGUAUAAGCUUGUUGCGGUACCAUUCCAGCGUGAUGCCGCCAAUGGCGGAGCUUACGCUCCUGUCGCACCCGCUAAUUGUAAGACCGGGUAUGUAGAUAUCUUCUACCCGCCAGACGAAGGAAACUGCUCGUCAUCAAGCUGCGCGCGACCUGUUGGUCUAGUUUUCGACGGGGCUGGACAGUUGUACAUGUCGAGCGAUGCAUCCGGCGAAGUGUUCAAACUAUACAACCCUUGA